UCUCCUGCUGCUCCUACAACCCCACUCAACACCUGCUGCCAUAAUUAGAAAUUACUAGUACUGCUAUUAGUUUUAUUUCUACGCUUGCAAUUAAUACUUUAUCUAUCACUACUAUCAUUACUACUACUAUAUUAUUGGUACCUAGGUUAGCAUUCAAGUUAAUGUAGCUGACACACAGUCUAUAGGUACAAAGCAGCCAAAGUAGCUCAUCACAAACAAAUGCAGUUUAUAUAUUCAGCUGACCUGUUGCUGAACACCGUUAACUGUAAACAACUGAAAAGUGUAACAACGUAAUUUGGAAGUAUAGCCACCUGACUAACACUGACUGGUAAGCCUUGGAGCAGAGAUCAUGUCUCAGAUGAUGCAGUUUGGCAUCAUUUUGCUUCGACCACUUCCUUCCACCUAUCUGUCUUGUGUCACAACAACACUUGAACUGGCAGAUCAACUAAGUCAACAGUCACAUGUCACACUGUCAGUCACUUCCCGAGUAAGAGCUGGCUCUGAAAAUGUUCCUCCUCUAAUUGAGAGAGACGUCAUCUGUGGCCUGGAGAUGAAUCCACAGCAUUUGCUCCUCUCGUCAUCGGAUGCCCCUGAGUUUCCCCCCUGACUGAGGGGUCAGCCAGGUUAGAGGGAGGAUGUGUAAUGGGUCACAGGUCAUGAGCAUCCCAGGGGUGUCAGUGCUGUUUGCAGGUGAUAAUUGGAAUUGGUCAGGUUCUCUACACCCAUUGUCCCCAAGGAACGUUCAUUUGACCACUGAGAACAGGGCGACCAAAGGGGUCAGUGAUGGGUGGGACACAUAGGGAAAGGAUAAUACAGAUGUGUAUUGGGAGGAGGAGCCUUUUAGACAAGUACAUAUAGUAAGGAUGAAGAUAAGAGGGAAGAGAAUCUCUAUGGUAAUACACCUGUGAAACUGUAAGAUACUCUUCGCAACUGACCAACUACAGGACAAGCAGAGUGAGCUUCUGGAGGGACGUUAAAGGACACUUGUGGUGAUAAAGUUGCAACACUAAGGUAGAAAUAUCAUGUGUGUAUCUCGGCUGGUUUUGCUGCUGGGGCUACUUCUAUGUGUGGGGGCUCAGCUGUCCAACGCCCAGCACUGGUCCCAUGGUUGGUACCCUGGAGGCAAGAGGGAGCUGGAUUCUUUCAGCACAUCAGAGAUUUCAGAGGAGAUUAAGCUGUGUGAGGCAGGGGAAUGCAGCUACUUGAGACCCCAGAGGAGGAGCAUUCUCAGAAACAUUCUUUUGGAUGCCUUAGCCAGGGAGCUCCAGAAGAGAAAGUGACUGCUUUCCACCCAACACUGCUUUUCUACCCAUGGCGGCCCUCUUCAUCAGUGUCCUUGUCUUGAUGUGAAAUGAACUUUUUUUUUUCCUCUGAUCUUGUCUAUUGGUUAUAUUUGUCAGUGAAUUGGAUCUGCAGCAUUACACAGAUAUUCCCUGCACACAAAUGUUGAAUAAUGUCCCAUAAUAAAGUACCUAUUUUGAUAUUAACUUUUUUUCUUUUUUGUGUGUCCAAAUCAUCUGUGUCAUAAUGUAUAAAUGUAAAUUGUUGUAAUUUGGAUUCAGAGUGGCACAUGUCUAAGUAGUGAAUAUAGCGUACAGUUCUUACAGUUUUGCACAUCUAAUUUCAAUGCAUUCAUGCAGAUAUAUUUUAUGAUUUAAUGCUUAGACUCAUUCUUACCUCAAAAUAAUAAGCAGUAGUUGUUUUGUUAAAAGUAAUAAAUGUUGACUUGUCACAGCAACAGGACAAGUGUAAACAAUAAAAUUCAUGAUG